AUGACGAAAGAAAUUACCGAGGUCAAGACAACAGAAGCGGCCCAGCGUGGCGCCGCCUGCUACGAAUCCUGGAUCAUGUACGUGUACGACCUCUUCGUCCUAGGCUUCCUGAACUACUUCGCCUGGCGUUGCCCCACAAAGAAGCACCUCCUGCCACUCUUCAAGAACAAUAUCCGCACCAACCACCUCGACAUCGGCGUCGGCACGGGCUACUAUCUUAAACAUGCCCAGAUAUCUGAAAAGGUCACCCUGACCCUCUCGGACCUAAGCCCGAACGCUAUACGCGUAGCAAAGCUUCGAUCCGGUCGUCCUGAUGCCGGAGAGGUGCUCUGGGAUGUGACCCAGCCCUUCCCCAUUCCGCAAGAGAAGUAUGAGAAAUUUGACUCUGUUUCGAUGUUCUACGUUGUCCACUGUGUGCCGGGACCAGCUAGUCGGAAGACGGUGGUAUUCGAGAAUGUUAAGAACUGCAUGACUGAGGAUGGUGUUUUGACUGGUGCAACUGUCCUGGGGAAAGGGGUUGAAGAUAACUUUGUUGGGAGGCGGGUCCGGGCUCACUGCCUUGCAGAUGGGGUUUUCGAUAACCGGGAUGAUGACGCUGAGACUUUUAUUAGAGCAUUGCGGGAGAACUUCCAUCAUGUUGAGGUGGAUGUUAUUGGGGUUUCUUUGGUGUUUAAGGCUGUUGGUCCUAAGUUCUCUUGA